AUAAAGGGAUUUGAAGAUUACUUUAGAACCUCUCAUUUACAAAGAAAAACAAACAUGGGGAGAGCUCCUUGCUGUGACAAAGCAAACGUCAAGAAAGGACCAUGGUCGCCCGAGGAAGAUGCCACACUCAAGUCUUACAUCGAGCAGCAUGGCACUGGCGGCAACUGGAUUGCCUUGCCCCAGAAGAUAGGCCUUAAGAGAUGCGGGAAGAGCUGCCGCCUUAGAUGGCUGAAUUAUCUCCGCCCAAACAUUAAGCACGGGGGGUUUUCAGAGGAAGAAGAUAACAUUAUUUGUAGCCUCUAUAUAAGUAUUGGAAGCAGGUGGUCCAUCAUCGCAGGGCAAUUACCAGGGAGAACUGAUAACGAUAUAAAAAACUACUGGAACACAAGGCUGAAGAAGAAGCUCCUUGGGAAGCAGCGGAAAGAGCAACAGGCUCAGGCGGCGACUCGGCGAGGCAACAGCCUAAUUAAGCAAGAGAUGAAGAGAGAGAGCUGUGAGGCGUUUAUGGCUCCAGCUGUCAUGAACCAGAUCAGCCCGUACUGGCCUACAGAUCCGGAAGAAGCAAAUCUUAGGGGUUUGCUGAUGAAACUUGCACAGCAGCCAAACACUAACUUUCAAUACCCCAUUAAUAUUAUUUCCUCGCCACAAGAUCAACUAUAUGUGAACUCGAUGAGUAGUAGUAUGCUUACUAAUUCUUCGGCAGCCAUGAAUUCUAUUCAAUUGCCAAACAUGUUUCCGGGGCUUGAAAAUCUCCCAAGCGAGCUUUGUGAAUUGGGAUAUGAUCACAACCCACAACAAAUUGAUGGGUUGGAAGAGUUUUAUGGAAUGGCCGACAUCGUCAAUGCUAGCACCGGCACGACUAGCUCCGGCGAAAGCACCGGCUGGGGAGAUAUAAGUUCUUUAGUUUAUCCUCCUUUGGUUUCUGACUAUGAAGGUUGCCAACAAGGAUUGCCGCAGCCGCCACAGGAUUCUGCUUUUCAAGAUUUGAGCUACUUUGUGCCGCCGCAAUAGUAGAACUUUCACAUGGGUGGUGUAAAUUUGUACCGGUAGAAAAUUUUCUGUCAGAUUUUCAGAAGAAAAAAGGAAACCCAAAUGAAUUCACUCAGA